GCGAGCAGCGCGCGCCGGGCGCUCACAUGUGACAGGACCCUCGGCUCGGCUCGGCUCAGCUCAGCUCGGCUCAGCAGCUAGUUGAUCGCUGCUCGCUGCGUCGCGGAGUCGGCUCUGCGCUCAGCGCUGAUGGCGGCGUGGGCGCUCUCUGUGUUGCAGGCCGCCAUCGCUAUCAUGCCGGUAGGCGGCCGGGUCGCGGGAAAGGUGGGGAUCUUCUCCAACCUUCAGAACGGCCGCAGCCACUCGGGCAUCAACGAGGCCAUCAUAUGGGUGAGCAUCGGCAUGGGCGUGACGAUCGCGGUGCUCAUUUCGAUGGCGCUGUGCUACAUCGUGCGCGAGAAGUGCCGCAAGCGGCGCGAGUUCUACGUGAGCGCCUAG